CGGGCGGUGGCUCUAAUCGUCAGUGUCAGCUAGCAAUCUAAAACAUUAACUCUCUUAGAGCCAUCUGUUCAGUCGCCCAGUGGCCAGUUUACUCGCAUUCGACCAGUGUUUCGGUGAAGUAGUUCAAGUGCAUCAAAAUGAACGCCCUGCUCGCUCUGGUGGUUCUGAUGGCGGCGACCGUCUACGCCGCUCCGGUCGACAGUGAUGCCCAGGCACAGAUCGUCAGCCAGACGUCGGACGUGCAACCGGAUGGUUCCUUCAACUAUGCAUUUGAAUCAGCAAAUGGAAUCAAGGUUGAAGAUCAGGGAUCGAUCAAGUCAAUCAAGGUGCCGAAGCUGGACGAAACUGGCCGCCAGAUCGGGGAGGAAGAUGUGCAGGUUUCGGUACAGACGGGUUCCUUCCAGUAUACCGCACCCGACGGUCAGGUCUACACGCUAAGAUACAUCGCGGACGAGAAUGGAUUCCAGCCGCAGGCCGACCACCUCCCGGUCGCUCCCAGCGCCUAAGCGGGAAUAGCGAAGGACCCUUUUUCUGAGGACAAUACUCAACACAACUAUCCGCAUGUACAUACACUUACCCUUUCCUAAUGGAAACAUUGUGUCUAAAAACAAAAAGAAAUACGAAAUGGUGUUAUACAAAAAAAAAACAAUUUCAA